AUUAUAUAGAAGCAGCGUACAAUUACAUCGUAUAUAAGUUCUCUCAUAUUCGAGCAGUUUAAGAACAAAAUUAUUCAAUUCCUCUAAGCAUUAUAGUCUCUGCGUUCUUCCCUUUCUCCCUCCGUGUUCGUGUUCGUGUUCGUGUUCGCAUCAGCAGUAACAACAAGGUGAGAAGGCGAAGAUGUCCACGACUGCAACUACGACAUCAGAAGAAGUGAGCAGCAACGAGUGGGAAGUGAUACACAUGAGCGAGCAAGAAGAGGAUCUGAUUCAUAGGAUGUACAACCUGGUCGGAGACAAGUGGAAUUUGAUAGCGGGUCGCAUUCCGGGUCGUAAAGCAGAAGAGAUAGAGAGAUUCUGGAUUAUGAGACACACUCACACUUUCUCUGUUACAAAAAAUCAAAGUAAAGCCAAAGAUUCUUGAUAUCUUUUUGGGCAUAAUUCUCAUAAAUAUAUAAAUUUCAGUUAAAUAUGUUUUACACGUCUAUAGAUUUCAGAUAAUAUUUUCUGUAUUUUUAGACUUUUAUUUAUUUUUUGUUAUCAAUAUCAGUUUCUAAGGGUUACAAUAUUUUU